CGUCACGCUGCUAGAAGACAGUCGCACUCAGUUUUUCCAGUUUUUUUUGAAUGGACAAGAACUUCAAGAUUUUGCCGCAAGAAAAAAUAUGGUAGAGUGGCACAGCUGAGCACUGACCUGACCUACAGGGGGCAGCGGUGAACAUGUCCCAUUGCAUCUGAAAGCCACAUCUCAAGAGAAUGGGGAACUCGUAUGCUGGCCAGCUGAAGUCAGCCCGCUUUGAGGAGGCACUUCACAGCUCCAUCGAGGCCUCCCUGCGCUCCAGCAGCGUCGCUCCGCGCCCCUUCUUCACCCAGCUCUACCUGGAGCCCGAGCACUACCGCGGCAACCCCGAAGACAUGAAACCCAGGAUGGAGAUCUCCCUGCAGUACUCCGAGCGAACGGGCCAGGAGCUCCACACCAGCCAGGCCUCCAACAGCACCAAGGAGGAGGACAUGGAGGACGAGGAGGAGGACGAAGACGAGGACGCGUCCGACCCCAGCGCUACCCCCAUCCCGUAUCUACAGGGGCCUCCCCCGGACGGCUCCUGCACCCUGGAUGGGUUCUGCCAGGCCGGGAAAGACCUGCGUCUGGUCUCCAUGGGGACAGAACAUAUCGCGGUUCCCGCCGGGUUCGAGCUGGUUGGGGCGAAGUCGCCCAGCAUCCCCGGGCACAUACUGGUCUGCUUAGUGGACCGGCGCUUUCUGCCGGACGACAACGGGAAAAAUGCACUUUUAGGAUUUUCAGGGAAUUGUGUAGGCUGUGGGGAGAAGGGAUUCCGCUACUUCACGGAAUUUUCUAACCACAUCAACCUGAAGCUGGCCACACAACCUAAGAAACAGAAGCACUUAAAGUACUACCUGGUGCAGAACUCGCAAGGUGCUCUGUGUAAAGGACCACUCAUCUGCUGGAAAGACUGUAAAACAAAGCAGUCCGGCAUUGCCGUUUCCCCGUCAAAGCCCAGCUCCUCUUCCUCACCAAAAAACCAGGAUAAAGGGCUGACGAGCGGACGUGACUCCUCCCCCUUCUCUCCCUCAGACUCUCUUCUGACUGGGACCCAAUCCACAACCACCACCGGACCACGUGUGGGUCAGGACCUGGCGAGGGAGUGCUUAUUCCCAAAACCAAGGGACUCAACCCCACCCCAGGGGACCAAGACACUGCCAAUAGUUCCCACUGCUCUGCGGGUAAACGGCCUGACCAGCAGCUUGACCAAUGGUGGAAGAGUCGGCCUGCUAAACCCGCCCAUAGCCCCUCCCACAGGGACCCCGGCAGUGAGCCAGGGCACAGCAUACCGAAUGCCUGAGCCAGCACAGCACAACUCAGCUUCGUCCCCCAUGAACUCGGGUCCGCCUAAGAAGCGUCAUCGCAGCUGGCACCCCGGGUCCCCUGUGCCUGUCCCCGCGGCUCCGGCCCCUGCCAUCAGGCCCAUGCCCCGUCUCACUGACUCACUCCUUGCAGUUCCCACCCCUCGGUCACCACCGUCAGGAGUCUUACAGCCCCAGCCCCUCCCCGCUGGAGAGACCGUCAUCGUCCCUGACAACCUCCUGAGCAUCUCUGGGGUUCGGCCUGUCAUCCUCAUAGGUUACGGUACUUUACCAUACUUCUUUGGUAAUGUGGGGGACAUCGUGGUGAGCCCCCUGCUGGUGAGCUGCUAUAAGAGCGGACAGCUCAGCGGGGAGAGUCUGGAGGAGCUGGGUGUGCCGAGUGGACAGCUGCCCAACACCGAGGUCAUGGUCCUGCUCACACUGCAGUAUCUGGUGCGGCUAGGCACGGAGCACAUCCCUCUGCGGGAGGAGUUUGAGCAGAUCGCUCUGAGGGUGAUGCGGCAGGGCCAGGCCGGGGUGCCGGUCCCCCCCGCGCAGCUGGGCUGGCUGGCGCGGCUGGCGGCCAGCGUCUCGGGCGACUGUGUGCAGGUGCUGCUGGCGCACAGCUCCCUGGGAGAGGGCAUCUCAGAGGCGCUGCGCUCUCUGGGCGAGGCCCCCCGACGCCCCCGCCGACCCGACUACGUGGCGGUCAUCUGCGCCUCCCCGGAGCGCGGCACAGAGUUCUGUGUGCUGGUGCUGGGAAAGUACCAGUCCAGAGCCCUGGCGGAGAGCAUGCUCACCACCAACGAGCUGCUGAAGGAGAUCAGCUAUGAGCUCAUCACGGGCAAAGUCAGCGACCUGGCCUCUCACUUCAGAACCACCUCCUUAGGGGACAGCCUGGACAGGCAGCUGGCCAGGUUCCAGCAGAGGAGAGGGGAGCUGGUGACCCCGCCCUUCCAGGGGGACAUCAACGACUGCAUCCACACCCAGGAAGCUGCAGCCAUGAUGCCCACUGCAGACUUGGAUCCAAUCAGUGAGGUGUUUCAGAUCUACCCUCCACAAGUGGGCGUGGCGCACUGCCUCCUCUCUCAGGUCUGCUCCAUCUCCGAAUCAGCCAAUCAGAGCCUGGACCUGAGUCGUUUCUGCAAAGUGGAUUUCUUGGUCCUGGUACCGCCCUCCCAGGUGCUAAUGCACCAGACAGCACAGCGAAUCAGACAAUCGGGAAUUCUUACAGACCUCGGUGUCGAGGACACUGCCUCUGCCCAUCAGAAAUCUGAGAAGUAUGUUGUCCGAUUGGACGGCGAGGUCCAUCCCAAAAUUGAGGCCUUCCUGAGGAGAGUCAGGCAGAAUCCCUGCACCCUCUACAUCCUCAUCCACGACAACUCGCACGUAGACCUGACUAGUGCGCUCUUGGGCUCAGCGUGUCACGGCGAGCCGCAGGGCCUGGCCGACCGUGUGGUCAACUGCCAGGAGGUCCUGGAGGCCACCAACCUGCUGGUGCUCCAGGUCAGCUCGUUCCCCUUCACCCUGCAGACCCAGCAGUCCCGCAUCAGCAUCCACAACGAGGUGCACUGGCCCCAGCACGACAGCCCGGUGGAGACCCUGUCUGAGGGGCAGGUGUACUUUGGCCUGAGGGACUACAGCCGCUCGCUGCAGUGGGGCGUGGCCACCCCCAUCCUGCGCUGCGACGACGCCUUCGAGAAGAUGGUGAACGCCCUGCUGGACAGGCACCUCCACCUGCACAGCAUGGUGGUGCGGAGCUACCUGCUCAUCCAGCAGUACACGGAGGCCCUGAUGGCCCUGACGGCCGCCCCGGCGCUGUGGGACCACACCACGCCCGAGACGCGGGCCAUCGUGGAGGACCUGGUGGGCUCCCCGGGCCGGGGCCCCGGGGGCCGGGGCCACAUGCUUCUGCUGCGCGUGCCCUCCCUGCAGCUGGCCAUGCUGGCGCGCGAGAGGCUGGAGGAGGUGCGCGACCGGCUGGGGCUCCGCUUCCGAUUUGCCGUGCUGCUGGGGAGCCCCGCCUCCGAGCUCAGCAUCCCGCCCCACUUCCUCACCCGCCUCAAGGCGUGGCGGGGCUGUGACAGUGAGGACUGGGUUCCGCGCACGUACGAGGACCUGGAGGGGCUGCCCUGCAUCGUCAUCCUCACUGGAAAGGACCCUCUGGGGGAGACCUUCCCGAGGUCGCUGAAGUACUGCGACCUGCGGCUGAUUGACUCCAGCUACCUGACGCGCACGGCGCUGGAGCAGGAAGUGGGACUGGCCUGCACGUACGUGACCGGGAGGGCCAAGCAGGAGCCCUGGGGCCCCACGGAGACGGAGGACGGAGGCCCCAACGUCACACCGGGCCCCAGCGACCCUGACGACAUGCCCAUGGAUCUGGAGAGGCCGCAGAGCAACGGCAGCGCCGUCACGGGCACCUCCGGCUCUGUCACAGAGAACGGCGUGAGCUCAUCCACCCAGAAGCCCUCCACCUCGGGCUGUGGCCCCGGGGCCGGCGGCGAGGCGGAGGAGGGGGGCCCGGCCCUCGGGGGGGUGAAACAGGAGUGCGACUCUCAGGGCACCCAGCUGUCCAGCCCCAACUCCUCGGCCCCCCAGUCCACGUACUCGUCCCCCUCCUGCUCCUCCUCCUCCCCCUCCUCGCCCUCGUCCUCGGCCCAGAGGCCCAGCCAGUCCACGGCGCCGCCCCGCUGCGGCAGCGCCCAGUCAGCCACGCCGCGCACCGUGGUGCUGUCCCGGGGGGCCUACAGCCUGCUGGCGGGGGAGCGCGGGGGUCAGCUGCGCUCCUCGUCCCUGCUGCCCCACGCUGACGUGGCCUGGAGCAGCCCCCUGCGGCCCCCGCUCCGCCCUGACGUGCCCGGCCCCGAGCAGUCCCUGUACUACCGCAAGUGGACCAGCGCCCGGCAGCACCACGCCGACCACAGCAACCAGGCCGCCCACGCCAGCCCCGUCCCACCCCACCCCCGACGACUCAUGCUCAGCGGACCGCCGCAGGUGGGGAAGACCGGGGCCUACCUGCACUUCCUGCGGGUCCUGUUCCGCAUGCUGAUCCGCCUACAGGAAGUGGAGGUUUAUGACGAGGACGAGCUGGGAGCUGACCAGGCAGAGAGCUCACAGACCACGCCACCCACCAGCAUGAAGUGGCCAGACGUCGAAGAGAUCCAAAAAAUGCCCUUUGACCUUUUCCCUCGAGAUCCCAAAUUCAGACGAGCCAGCCCCAUUUAUAGUGAAUGCAUGCCGAAAUCCUCACAAGGCCAGAGCUCUGAAAACAAGCAGGAUGUGCCUGCUAAACAUGGCACAAUGUCGGUGAUGUUGACAAAGUUUGCCACCCACAAUGCAUUUCACCACUGCGAGCAGUGCCACCACUACAGAGAGGCAGGCCCUGUGAAUCAGGUGUCGGACUACACCUUCCACCCGUACACGGUGAGCUCCAGCCGGCUGGGCGAGGAGCUCCAGCUGCACUUCCUCAUUCCCAAAUCCAAGGAGCACCACUUCAUCUUCAGCCAGCAGGGCUGCCAGCUGGAGAGCCUGCGCCUGCCACUCGUCUCUGACAAGGGUCCAGACCUGCUGAAGAGCCCCAUCUUCACCCCCACCAGGGGGCGCCAGGAGCACGGUUUGCUCAACAUCUUCCACGCGAUGGAAGGCGCUGCCCACCUGCACAUCCUGGUGGUCAAGGAGUACGAGAUGCCCAUCUACAGGAAGUACUGGCCCAACCACAUUCUGCUGGUGCUCCCCGCCUCGUUCAACAGCUCCGGAGUGGGAGCAGCCCGGUUCCUCAUCAAGGAGCUGUCCCACCACAACCUGGAGCGGGAGAGGAGCCGGCAGGAGGCGCAGGGCAGGAGGAGUAAGGACGUGUGGCCCUUCGUGGUUCUGAUGGACGACUCGUGUGUGCUGUGGAACGCCCAUCAGUCUCAGGAACAGAGCAGUGACGCGGUGGAGGGCUCUCACGGCUACACCAGCGUCUCCCUGAAGGCCGUGCUGCAGCACAUGGAGGCCACGCCCAAGAUCACCCUGUACGCCCUCUGCGGGGUCCGCAAGUGGAGCAGCCAGAUGGCCUCCCGCCGCCCGGACGCCCCCUUCUCCCGCUGCCACCUGCACCACUUUGUGAUGCUCAAUGUGGACCUGACGCAGAACGUCCAGUAUGACCUGAACCGGUACAGUUGUGAGGAGGUGGACUUUAACCUGCAGGCCCACAGCAGCGGCCUGCUCCUGUGCCGAUUUAACAGCUUCAGCCUGAUGAAGAAGCGCAUCCCUUCAGGGGGACACAGGGACUUCAGCGUCACGCCCAAGAUCCUGGUGUCAGAGAACCCGGCUCCCAUCAGCCCCUCCCAGUACGUCUGCGCCCCCGACAGCGAGCACAUGCUGCUGGCGGCCCCGCCCCACUUCCUGCUGGAGAAGUUCCUGCAGCACAGCGGUCACAGGCUGUUCCCCAAGGCCGUGCGGAACCACAGCCACCCGGUGCUGUCCAUCGACAGCUACCUCAACAUGGGCCCCGAGGUUUUGGUGUGUUACGUGAGCUCACGCCCGCAGUCCGUGUGUGGGGAUCACCGGGGCGUGGUGUUCAGCGGUCUGCUUCUGUACCUUGCCGACUCAUUUGUGGUCCCGAACCUUCUCAGCAAGUUCCGGUUCCUCAAAGGCGCCACGCUGUGUGUGAUCUCUCAGGACCGCAGCUCUCUGAGGCAGACCAUCGUGCGUCUGGAGCUGGAGGAUGAGUGGCAGUUCCGCCUGCGGGACGAGUUCCAGACAGCCAACUGCAGCGAGGACCAGCCCCUGUACUUCCUGACGGGCCGGCACAUCUGAGCGCCCCCUCCCGCCCCUCCCUCCUCCCCGCAGGACGAUAAUCACUGGCGGAGAAGCCGUCCGGCCGGCGCCGGACCCACAAUCAUUUCCCGCGGCUCUGCAUACUCCACGCUGCACUAUAACGGGGACCUACGCGGACCCAAACUCGCGAGGACCCCUCGGGUGUCCUCCGCCUGUCCUGACUGCAAUUCAGUACGACCCUCGGCGAUGCAAAAUCACGGGCCAACGCAAGGCCAAAGGAGGGUCUUUCUUUUCUUUUAUUUGGUUUUUCAUUUGAAUUUUUUUGCACGGUUUUCCCAGGAGGUGACUUGAAUGUUAUUUUUGUGUGUUUUAUUUAUGGGAAGGACUCUUUUGUGUUGCAAACAGGGAAGCCCCGCCCCAGCUGUUGUAUAUCCCGUACUGGACACACUCUCUCAGGGGUGUAAACGUGGCUUAACUUAGGUGUUACUUUUUAAGGCAAAAGUAAUGGACGCUAUGAAUGUCAAUGUUUUCGCAUUGUGUUGAGCAAGGUUUCACAGCAUCCCGACUACAGAGGUAGGGCAGCAUCACUAACUUUGUUUUAUUCUUCUGCCCCCGCCCCCCUCUCCAUACACGGAGGACAGCAAGCAUCAAUCAAACAAUACUGCUACAGGAAUAUUGCGACCGUGUUGUCAUGAAUCAAACUGUGACAAAAGACUAGCCUUGUGCUGAAGUCAAAACCUUCGGGAUGCCAAACGAUGCAGUAAGAACUCAUUUUACUGCUCUUUCUAUUGUGCCUUCGAUCUUACAACCUGGCAACUCUCACCACACAGACCCAGCCUCUUGUAGUUUCAGAUUUAUUAUCUUAAGCACAGUAGCUAACAAAUGGUUCUGGCUAGUGGGAAGACUACUGGAAUUCAUGUGCUCGGCUCUUAGCUGCCCUUUGGCUUGUGUAGUUCAUGUCUGAAAAAGUAGUUCCCUGUGCACUGCCUUAGGGAAGUGACAAAAUCCCCAGAGUACAGCUGUCACUAACUUUGGGACUAACAGCAUGCUUCUGCCACCUGCUGUCAAGAUCCGCUUUGCCCGAACUGUUCUGUUUACACAUUACUGUGCCUGUAGACCAGCUCUUGCAUAAUGUUACGUGCCUGAAAGUAUUGACGGCUUCAGCUAUACCUCAUCUACCUGAAACCUAUUUUUAUUGCAUACGCAGGUUCUUAAGACAGAAAUCUGCGACUGAGGGAAAUAAAGCCGUUUACUGCAGUCGUCACACCAUGUCAAAUCAACAUGCAGAUUUAUAAAUACCCCAAAUACGUGGGUAGGAAUGUUUCUGUUUGUUAGUGCACAGGGUAUUCCAUACAAUAUGCCUUCUGUCAUUUUCUUGCUUUAUUAGAUGUCUCAUUGCAAAAGCAAACUUUUUCAAAGACUCAUAUCAGUAUUUAAGAUAUUCAGGUUCAGUACUUUUACGCAAGGGGUAUUCACCCUACACCCUACUCUCUGGUCACUUUACACAUUCUCCUUUUGCUGAGUAAUGCUGUAACCACUUUCCUGUCAUUUUUAGUAAAAAUGGGAUCAUACUGUAAGUCUUAAUGGUACAAACAGUGGUACUAGGUCAAUAAAAACACUGAAACUAAUUUAUGACAGGGACCGCUCACUGAAUUUCUUGAAAUGAAGCUAAAAGAUUCUGAUCUUUCAGUGUACUGCCUUUGACAGUGAGUGGGUUAAAAAAAUGAGUAUUAAACUCAUGUAAGCAGAUUCAGUAGGUCCAGAAUUAUACAAAAAAACUAAAUAGGCACCAUAUUAGUUUGAAAGAAUGAAAAUUAUUAAAUCCAGUCCAUUGUACAUAAGCGGUGUUGAGAUACCUACCUGGGCCUUCAGAUCGUAUGACGUUGUGUCAUUACAUUUCAAAUAAAGUUGGUAUAAUAACAAAAAUAAAGUCUGUGUGAAAUAAUGGCAUAUCCUCUGUCUUGAUCUAGUUACCUGGCACAUUUUGGAGAAAUUGAUACUAUCAUGUGAUAAGCUUUGUUAACAUUAUAAGAGAACUAGUACAUUAAACCAAACCUAGAAAUGCAAAGGGUUCUGUAAUUUUGGUCACUUUUUUUCAGCAAAUGUUGAUUAUUAAAAUAUUACUGUUUUGUGAUGGCCAAGGCACAGAGGAUCCACUGAGAUUCAUUUUUUAUGCUUUAUAGAUAAGCCUUGCAUUUCUGUUAUUAGAAAUAUUUUAUUUCAAUUCAGAUAUUUUUUUAGGAAUUCAAUAUUACUGCACAAUUUAUCUUGAACUGAUAAUCAAGCUUUUUUUAAGGAGGUAGCCAUAUAUUAUGUGCCCAAGCAACAUUCCGUAGUGUUUUUAGCCUUGGGUGAGCCCGUAGGAGUAGAUUCGCUCUGUAAUGUUGGGGUGGUAUUUUCAUGCUAGUACUUUGCGGGGUAAGUGGUAGUUUUCUGGCUAUGUCUUAUUUGUGUCUUGAUUAAAUAUUGUCCAGAGGACCCUAUUGACUGCUUUGGACUGAUGCAGAAGUUUCAGUGCAUGGAAGAUUCAUGAACAGUAAAUUCAACUAGAAUCACCCAGCCACUGUGCAUAUACACUGCCAAUAAUAUAUUCAUACAAUACAUUCAAAUCCAUUAUAGCACAACAAAAUAAUCGUAGUGCCCAUCUAAAGAAAAAAUCUGCCUGUUAAAACUCAACUGUGCGGUUAACAAUUAGAUGUGCACGUUACACAAUUUGCUGUUAAAAAUGUCAUAUGUAGUUGCUGUUGGUUUAAAAUAAAUAUUGUAUUUGUUUCCUUUUUAUACCACCGGCGUCGUUGUCGCCUGAGUGAUCUACCUCAUGUUUACCGUUUUGUUGAUUCUGUGAACACACGACUUAGAAUUGUGAUGGUUUUUUUUGGUUGGAUUAAAUGAAUGUAAUAAAUGGUAAUAAACUUAAGUUCUUUUCGUCAGGUACUUACCA